GAGUCAGACACGACUUAGCAACUUAAGAACAAAAGUUCCUUCUGCUUUGUGACGGGUCAUAUUCACAGGUUCUGGGGACCAGGAGGGGCUCCUCCUGGAGGCAUCAUUCACCUACCGCGCCGCAUAAUGUAGGACAACCCACCCUUGGCUCUGUGUCGUGCCUGGGUCAUCUCCUUCUGUCCCCUGAGGGUCACAGGGCCAUCCCCACUCUUCACUUGGGGAAUUGCUGAGGGUCAGAAGAGCUGGUUCCGCCCCAACAAAACUUCCUACUCGGGCUUUUGCGCCUGAGCGUCGGCUUCCUCACCUGACGGGGGCCAUGCCCCCUUCCCCUUUCCAGCUCCUGGACUGUGCCGGUGGCACGCACAGUGGAUGAGCGGGUCCAAGCAGCGGGUGGACAACAGGGGACAGGUCGCUCUGGGUGCUGUCGGGGCAGGACGGGCUGGUGUCCGGCCACCUCCCUGCAGGUCACCCCGGUGACUGCCCAGCACUGGGCAGGCUGCCUGCGUCGCCCCAACACUGCAUCUCUGGCUGCUGCGCCCCUCAGGAGGCAGGGGAGGGACAGCUAGGCCAGGUCCAGGGUUCAGAGAAUGAUCUCAUCCAGUCAUUUUUAAAAUUGAAAUUUUCUGUAGCUUGGGUCAGAAGGACCAGGGAGAGAACCGGUGAUUCAUGCAAACUGGACAGGGCCCAGGGAGAACCUUAGGUCACAGGGUGGAGAAAUCUGAGCAUGGCAGUAGACCGGGAGACCCCGCGUGGAUCAGGGCUUCCGCGGGGGCAUGAUGGUCGAGUCUGCGGAGGGCUGACUUCAUGAGAUUGGCGACAGUGGACUCACACCAGGCCAUCUGUACUCCUGAGGAAGCCGUGGGCAGCUGCUGGGCCGUGGGCGAGCAGGUGACCCCCUUCGGCGCUGUCCACCCCCACAGCAGUAUGGAUGUCUCCUGAGCGUCUUCCCAUCGCGUCUGUGCGGGCCCGGGGCACCGACAUGCAAGACCAGCUGGAGCUGGGGGGCGCACCUGGCCAGGGGCUCCCUCUCUGCGCCUUUCUGAGUGACCUCCCAGAGCAAGCAGGCGGGGUUUCCCUCCGCCAGGUUUCUAAAGACAGCGGUACCCCUGGCAGGCAGAGUGGUGACGCUGAGGAGCGGGCAAGGCGCCGCUCCGCCCUUCCCCCGCCGGACCGGGAAGCCGGGAUCUCUGGGGUCAGCUGCGAGGGCUUGUCUACCAGCACCGCCAGGGGUCCAGAGCCAGGGGAACACAGCGGCGCCUGGGGGGAGUUUGAAGUCUUUCAAGAAUCCUCAGCCAGCUCUGAACAAUUCUGUCAGUCUUUUGAGCUCCGGGAGAGGCCUGCAGCCUCUCAGCCAUGGAGAACCGCUUCUGCCCAAAAGGAGCGCGGUUCCAGCCAGCCUCACCAGGGUGGAGUGACAGAAACCGGCGCCACCGCCACUUCUGAGCCCGCGGUCAGCUGUGACCGUGUUCUCAGGUCUGCUUUUCAGGAAGUACCGGUCCCACAGGCUGCCGAGGGCAUUGCCACCUUAGACCACUUCUUAGAAACAAGGGAUGAAGAAAACUCUGGCCUGGAAUCCACGCAUAAGCUGUGCUCUGAAUCAAGGAAACUCUGGAGGGCUCUUCACAACACCGGGGCCACAGCAACCUCCCGAUGCAUCUGGAACGAGUCCCACAGCCGGGAAAACUUCCUUCCUGUUCUCGGAGUAGACGCUGCUCAGAAGAGCCUCUCGGGGAGCCCUGGCCGCACUCUGGGAGAGCCCGGCUUCCGCGAGCCCGAAGAGCUCGGCUUCCGCCUGCGGCACUGCAGAGCCCUGAUCCAGACCAGGCUCUCGGGGACACCAGCUGGUGGACAGGGCAGCCUGAUCACCUACAGCCUCUUCCUGAAGACCCCCGUACAUGGGAAUGGGCAGUACAUCACAACUCCAAGAAAAAAGAUUUUCAGUCCUCGUAACCUGAAAUUGACAUUGUUUAAUAGUGACAUUUGCUAGAGUGGGACAGCUUUUGUGUCUUGAUGGGAGAUUCCACCAUUUCCUCAGUCUGGUUUGGUACUGGAAACCAGAACUGUUUUGUGGAGGUGGUCCACAUCAGGAUGGACACUCUGAUGAGGGGGUGUGUCCCUCAGCAGGGCCAGCGCCAGGAAGGGUGCGCCCGGGUCCCCGGGAGCCCUGCCCCAGCCUGGUGGGGCAGAAGGAAGGUGGCUCUGGGGGCGCCUGUGAGACCCCAGGCCCUGUGCCUGAACCACGCUGCCCAGGACCCCAGGCUGGCCUGGCACACGGCUGGGACUGUCACUGGGAGCAGCCAUCAGGGCCCUUGGAAGGUCCUGCACUGGCCCCCAGCCCAGGUGUCCAUGUGGCUGGGCGCGCGGUGGGGGUGGGAAUGCCGUCUCCACAGAGCAAGCGUGCUCCCUGCAGCAGCCACACCUGCCUGCCUGCCAGCGGGUGGGCGGCCUGCCAUCAGCUAAGGAAGAGAUCCCUCCGACGAAAGAGCCCAGCAGGCGGCACUGACUUUUGUAAAAUUUUAUUAAAUGGAACAGCCCAG